GCCAACAUACAUUUCUUGGCCCCUUGCGUGUUGACCCAUCUGUCAAACUUUCUUAUUACUCUCACACUUUCAGAGCGACACCGAAGUGACAUCUUCCCAAGCUAGUAGCAUUUACCAUUUAUGGAGGCUGUACCGGUUGGGCCAGCCCGGCCCGUCAAGCAGUUCGUGCUCUGCUUUGAUGGCACAGGCAACAAGUUCGCGGGCGAUGAGUCGGACAGCAACGUGCUGAAGAUCUUUCGAAUGCUGGACCGCAGUCAGCCUCACCAGUUCCAUUAUUACCAACCAGGCAUUGGGACAUAUGUGACGACAAAUACGCUUUCGCACACCAGCCGCUUCCAGCGCAUCAAGUCUGCAUAUCAGAAGGCCAAGGACUCGGCAAUCGGAUCCUCCUUCGAUGAGCAUGUCAUGGGCGGCUAUAAGUUCCUUAUGAGGUUUUACAACCCCGGUGAUGAAAUUUACUUCAUCGGGUUCAGUCGAGGAGCUUACAUCGCGCGCUUUUUGGCAGAGAUGCUUGACUAUAUCGGCUUGCUCGAAGCAGGUAACGAAGAACUAACCCGCUUCGCUUGGAAGACCUUCGCGAAAUGGCAGCAACGAGGCGGCGACAGUGAGGAAGACAGAGCAGAAAAGCAGAAGCUCUUCCGCUACAUGAAAGCGUUUCGCGAGACUUUCAGCCGACCGAUCACCAGGAUCAAGUUCAUGGGACUGUUUGACACGGUCAAUAGCGUACCGAGAUUUGAGUCUGCUUGGAUGCAACGCAGCAAGUUCCCGUACACAGCGCGAAGCUCGGCCAGAGUGAUUCGGCAUGCUGUGGGUAUUGAUGAGCGGCGAGCCAAAUUUCGACAGGAUCUUAUCUCUGAAGUCAAACCAAAGAAGAGGACUCACCACCGUCACCGCCAUCUGCGAGAGCAUCUGCAUCGUACAUUCAGCCGCGAGUCCAAGUCAGACAAGCAGCACGACAACGUGCCCGAGAUCGUCCUGAACGAUGAUCAGGACGCCAAUGGCAAGGUCAAUGGGAUAAGUGACACUGGCUCUGUAUAUCGAGGCGCGCACGCAUCUCACGAAAGCCUUCACCCGGAAAACCGGUACCGUGCACUCUCCCCCUCGCCCAACAGGCGGAAGCCUAGCCUUGCGGUUCCGGCGGCCAACGGAUCGACGGAUGACCUCAAUUCAGUGCGAAGUGGAAUCAGUUGCCACUCCGCGAUCUCCCUCCAAGUGCCGCUGGAAGGCCGGGUGGCCGAGGACGAGGAUGACCAAGAGCAGGACAUCCAAGAGGUUUGGUUCCCAGGCGGACAUGCAGAUAUCGGCGGAGGCUGGACACUCGGCAAAGGCGAAAGUUGGGCAUUGAGUCACGCGCCAUUGGUAUGGAUGGUUCAGGCUGCGCGAGAUGCAGGGCUCGAAUUCGAUCCCGCGAAAAUGAAGCAAUUCGAAUGUCUGGAAGAGUUUGAGGGCGAAUACAGCCCUAUCCGGCAAGAUAUCAAAUGGCAAAAGAGCUGGUGCGAAGACCCCGCUCACGACCACGACCACAAGGAAGGCGAGGGUAGUACGCACACUGCCGCGAAUAUGGACUGGACGCAGCCGUCUAGCUCCAGCCAGAGAUUCAGGGCCGCCCUGUACGCCUCGAGCACGGAGGGUCUCCUGCACGACUGCCUGUCAUUCAACAGCGGCCUAUCUCCUCUUUCCGUGCUCACCUGGCGACUAAUGGAAUAUCUGCCCUUCCGCCGCAUGGACCUGCAGGAGGACGGAUCGUGGGAACCGAUCCGCUGGCCGCUGCCGUGCGGCGAAGUUCGCGACAUCCCGAACGAUGCGCAGAUCCAUGUGUCUGCAAUCCGCCGCAUGAAAAAGGACCCGAACUACCGCCCGGGCAAUCUGAUCCUCGGGGGCGGAGGACGUGGGGUGCGCCGCGCUCCAGAGGAGUAUGGGAUCGGGGAGUGGGUAGUCAAGGCACAUGAGGGAGACCCGGUGCGGGAGAUCUAUGUGCGCAAGAGAGUAGCGAAAAUGUGCAAGGACGACCACAACUGA